AUGGAGUCUCUCUCACUCGUUCCUCCGGUCCUGUCCUUACUCGUCCUCGGUUUCGCAAUAUGUUCGCUGGUUGCGUAUCUCUCUCGUAGGAAUGCUUUCGUCGGGCGCGAUCGAAAUGUGUACUUGUUCUUCGUUCUUUCUAUCGGUCUCUGCUCGGGCGUCGCCGGUGCUAUGGAUAUCACUGCCGCGAUGUUGGGUUCUCGCCACCAACAGAGGUUCUGGCUUGCGGCUGCUUCUCUCAGAUACCUAGUCCAGACAGAACCGGCUUUGUGCUCAUUUUUGUCGCUCCUUUUGCACCAACGCACCUUGUCCGACCUUGUCAUGCCGAUAACCUGGUUCAUCAAUACCUUGUUGACUCUUUUCCCCAUCGUUCACCUUCUUUUCUACCGCCGCCGCCAGAACUCGCACCAGCUCAUUCCUGUGUAUCUAGUGUGGGCUGGUCAGCUGCUCGCAGUGGCGUGCUCGGCGUCCAAUUUACUUGGCGGUCAUACCCCCCAGGUCUUGUAUGCCUUAUUCCUGACAAUUUGGACCUGCUGUAUCAUAUCUGCCCUCCAUGACUCCCCCUCGACAGCAUCCGUACGCUCUGUCUCGUGGUGCUCCCCCGUGCUGCCACCUACCCCAAGUCGUGAUUUUUUCGACCGCAACGACCCGUUCGCGUUCUCAUUGGCUGCGCCCCCGGCUGCCCAUGUUCGGGCCCGUGCCAGUAGGAACGAGCCUCUCUACCUCAGCACCUUGGAGACCCUGAGGCGCAAGUUCCGCGGCAAGAAACGCGCGGGGAAUCCCCCCACGCUCCAUGACGCUGCCAUUGCGUCCCACUGCUGGUCGACGUACUCGAAAUCGGCGUACUCACAGGACUCAUACCGGUCGGGUCAGCAACUUGGCGGGUCGUCCUCCGUUGACAUGGAGUUUAGCGAGGAAGAGACGGUGUUCAUACUGCGCACUUUCGACCUGUUACCGAAGACUCCCCCGGGUAUUCCUCAUAUACCUGACCAACCGUCAGAUGCGAAGCCUAUGGACACAUCAUCUCUGGGAGAGCCAUGGCGUAAGACGCGUACUCCAACCAUUGGAGGUCGGACUUAUGCGAGCUCGGCGAAGGCUGGAAUGGGAGUGAACUACGACGCCGGUAGACACAAGCAGUAUCAGAAGGAUGCGGACUGCCCACCGGACAUUCUCGCACAAGUCGUCCACAUCCGGACUCCACGCUUUAUCGUCCGAUGUGAUGCAUGUCUGGGCAGAAUCUGA